UGGCAUCCAACAAAUUCGCAUCACAAUGAGAGCUCUGCUAGCUAUUUGUGUCCUGUUUGUGGCUACUCCAGUUAUCCUGGCCAGGACAAUGGAUCGGUGUUCCCUGGCUCGGGAGAUGGCAAGCAUGGGCAUUCCGCGGGACCAGCUGGCCAAGUGGGCUUGCAUUGCCGAGCGGGAGAGCAACUAUCGCACGUCGGUUGUGGGACCACCCAACUCCGAUGGAUCCAACGACUAUGGCAUCUUCCAGAUCAACGACCGGUACUGGUGCCAGCCGUCCAAUGGAAAGUUCUCCCACAAUGGCUGCGAUGUGGAUUGCGACGAGCUGUUGUCCGACGACAUCACCGAGUCUGUGAAGUGUGCCCAGACGGUCCUGAGGGAACACGGUUUUCCAGCCUGGACCACCUGGAAGUAUUGCAACGGAUACCUGCCUUCGAUCGAUGAUUGCUUCCCAAGCGGCUUUUCCGCAAACCAGAACGCGUAUUCUUCCGCCCUUUUCUCGCAGAAAUGGUAAUGAUGAAAUCGUCGGUCUCCCUUAUCAAAAUGAGGAUCUUUGUCUAAUUGGUUAAUAAUAAAUUAGAAAAGCUUUCAAUAGAUAAGAAAUGCUUGGAAAUAUUAUAUUUCUGAAUCAUAUUUGAAGAAAGAUAACGACAGCUAAGGCUUACUGGCUAUCUGGGAAAGCUGUACACUUUACUUUAUUCAACAACAAUCAGAAGUGCUUUCUAAUAAUCUUAAAUAUAUGCAUGUAUAAACCCACAUCACUGUAAAGUCUGUGUUUAUUAAACGUUGAUUGAAUUA